UCCUUUGAUCGGAUAAUUUUCUUCACUGCUUGCCCCAGUGCCUAAUCGAAUCGAAGUCUCCGGAAAAAAGAAAAUCUCCUUCUCCUCCCCUUUCUUCCCCUACCCGACAGCGGCGCCGCGGCGUGUCGCCGACCACUAGCACCCCCUUCCUUCCCUACUGCCCCCGUCUCCCCGCCCCGUUGGCCUCAUCGAACCCUCUAUGUUGACCACGCGCGCCUCCAUGAUCGGUGCCUGCCUUCGCCGGAGCGCGCCGCCGACCACCUCCUCUUGCGGUCGUCGUCGUCCUCCUCCUCCGCCCCUCUGCUAGACCGGCGCGGGGUAUAGAUCCGUCCGGGACUGGAUCGAUUUCUUCCGUCACUCGCUGUUGAACUUGAGCUAGACAAUGGAUCUGGAGACAGAGAAUCGUCUUGCUUCUUUACUACUUGAAGAGGCACGGAGAUUACAGUUAGAGGCUGAGAGGGAAGGCGUUCACGCAUAUCUGCGGAAGCCUAAUGUAAGGCAUCGUCCGAACUCACGAUUCCUCACAGCCACAGUUCGUGGAGUUCAGCAAGCAAACCGUGUUGUGGAGGUAAAUGAAAUGUGGCGUGCCAGGGAAAAGGAAUUGGAGUUGGAGUCUAAGAUGAAAGACAGAAGUAAAGAUCGUGGUGACUCUAGAGGCGAGAAGCGCAAAAGUGACUUGAGGAACCAGAGCUCCAGCCCAAUAAUUGAACAAGAAGACCAGGAAGGUGGUCUAGGGGAUGAUGAAAUUGAAAGAUUUCUUCAUUCAAGAGUGAAGCGAGGACGUGGGGCCAUUGGUUCUAGGAUGGACGAGCCUGGUCCAUACCUUGAUUCUUCAUCCCGCCGUCAAGACAAUGGACCUAAUCUUGAUAUACGUGUGGAAGAAAAAUGGGAACGUCGAGUGCAAGGCCCGGAGAAGCCUUCUUUUUUGAGAUCCAAGUCUCCUGAUGAUUAUUGGCGUAGGGAAACGUUGGAUGGAAGGCCAUCCAGCUCUGAACCACAGAACAAAAAAGAAAAGAAAAUGAAAUCAGAGAAAAAAGAUAAGAGAGAUAAAGAAAAGAAAAAGGACAAGAAGAAAUCCAAGCAUCGCCAUCACCACCAUCACAAAAACAAAAGAAGGGAUUGAUCUGUUUGCUGAACAGAACACUGUACACAAGAAACGGUUUUGCCCUGAAAGAGGCAGCUGAUUGUUGCUGUAACUUGAAACUUGUAUUGUACGUAAAACUCGACGUUGUGCAGAAUGGACUAUGAACUAUGGUUCUUAUCAUGCACAUUAGUAUUCUUGCAAAGUCAUUCUUUAUCACUUUGCUUAUAACGUGAUUAACAUCUGAAAGAAGCGUUAUGUUUUUU